UUUUUUUUUUAGAAAUUUCAGAUCAUCGUCUUGAUUUAUUUCUAUAGAAUCUUACUCUUUGUUCAAUAUUUUAGAAUAUCCCAAGCAAGAAAAGAGUAUUUUCCACUUUACAAUUGCGGUAUUGCUCUUGUGGAUUUUGAUAUGUGAUUAGAAAAAAGAAAUGCUUAAAAUGUUUCACAGAUUGCCACAGUCGUAAAACCUUUCAAAACUACCCUAAGUUUCGUUCCGGCAGACCAGCUUGGUCACACGAAUAUUUAACUGUUGGAAUACUGCCGGUCGUUGUUCUUCGUUAUAAAUUUGUUGGACAGGAAAGAGCGGCCAUGAUGUGUUGAAAAUGUAAGUGAAGGUCGGAAAACACUGCGCGAAUCUGACGGCGAAUGCGACCCACUACUUGCCAGCUGUGUCAAUGUGGACGAGCGAUGAAAAUAAUUUUGAUUGCCCUUUUUGUCACCCUCACUCUACAGGUGGCGGUGGAAGGGUCGAUCAUUAACACUGACCUGAGGGAGGUGUCUCCACCGUCCAAGGUGGAAAUUAAAAGGGUGCGCAAAACGAUGCCCAUAUUAAACGGAACCCAACAUGGAGAUGGACAGGAAGGAACAGUGGCGAUUGCAGCCCGAAUCGUAAGAGGUCGAAAAGCGAGACGUGGGGAUUUUCCUUACCUAGUGGGCAUUGUAAUGGACGACGUCAGCUUUUGCGGAGGAUCGCUAAUUUCUCGCUCCCACGUCCUUACCGCCGCGCACUGUGCGGUUGGAUUCAACACGUUCAGCUUGGUUUUCGGCGCGGAGGUGAGAACUAAGUACGAAAGAGGCACCGCUUCAAGGACUAGUAACUCCAAAGCGGUUCAUAAAAAUUUUAACAUGGACACCAUGAGAAACGACAUUGCUAUAAUUUAUUUAAAUCGACCGGUAGAAAUAACAGAAUUUAUUAGCUUGGUGAAAUUGGCAACAAAAGCUCAAACUGCAAGAAUACUGAAGCAGGGUACAUCCGUCACCGUAGCUGGCUGGGGCAAAACCUCUGACAAGGCUGACAUCAGUCCUGUUCUCAGGAUGACCGAUCUUAUUAUACAGAAAAAUUCCAAAUGCAUCAACUCUUAUGGUGCCGCAAGCUUCACAAAUGCUCACAUCUGUUCUCAGGGUACAGCCGGCACGGCCACCUGCCAGGGUGACAGUGGCGGUCCUAUGAUGGUGACGGACGAGCAACAGAAUGUGAUGGUGCAAGUUGGACUCGUGUCCUACGGGUCAGCAAGGGGCUGCACGUCAAGAGACCCUGAGGUAUUCACCAGGGUUGCCAGCUUUGACAAGUGGAUCGCAGCUAAUUGUAACAAUUGCCAGGGUCAAGUGAGCAAUUUCAAAAAUUCGCUAUCAAAGCAUUCAAAUAGGAGGAUGAGAAAAUUUGACCGUGGAUAAUAAACAAAUUUAUCAAUGGUUGACCGUUGCUCAGUUAAAUGGUUCAACAAAACCAUAAGUUUCAAAUAACUGCGUUUAAACAAAUUUUUAAAACCCACCUUUGCCUGUCAAAAUGACUUUACAAAAACAAGUUACGUCAUCUCGACAUUGAUUGCAGAUUUUAUGCAGUAAAACUACCACGUUGUUAAUAUUGGUUUGAAUUAUAAUAUUUUAGUGGUAAGAAAAAAUAAAACUAACUAAGUAAACCCUA